ACUUUAAUACAUCAUCAAAAUUGCUGGCGGCAACUGUGAAUUUCAAAUUCAAAAUGCGGCACACAUUUCGAUUGAUUUUGUUGUACUGCCUCGUCAUCUUGUUGCCAACUUUCUGCCACACACAGCCCAGCUGCCAGACGCCGGACAAGAAUGUUGGCCAAUGUGUGCACUUUAGCUCUUGCCGGUUUGUUUUGCGCCAAUAUGCGAUGUACAAGGAACAUAUGCCGCCUGCCAUAAUGCGCUUCCUGCAAAGAUCACGCUGCAGGCCAAAAGUUGAUGGCUAUCAUUUGUGCUGUGAAAUAAAAGACGUGAUUCCUGCGAAUGCCAACUCAAAGUUAAAAUGAAUUUCGAAUUUCGAAUCAACUUCAAAGCACAUGUGUCUAUAUAUACAAAUUCAUCUUAUAUAUUUAUGUACAUAUAAAGUAUAUGUAUAUUUUAUGUGCUCGCUUUGAUCUGGCCAAUUUGAACUUUGUGUCUUGUUUAAAGCUCGGUCAAAAGUUUAUAAAUACGCCUGCAAUUAUAAACUGUACUCGUAUUAUGUAUUAAGUGCCUGCCUGCCACAUGCCACAUGCCACACGACUCUUGCCUUGGCAACAUCUGGCGUAGCAGCAUCAUCAUCAUCAUCAUCAUCAUCAUCAUCAUCAUUUGAAUAUCAAAUGUUUGUGCUUUAAGGCCAACUCUAAAAUAUAUGUAUUUUACAAUAUGCAUUUGUCUGUCGCAUUCAACACUUUUUGUAUUGUUUUCUCAGUCGCAUCAGCAACAUUUUCCUUUUAAUUUAAGCAUUUGUUGAAAUUUACAUAAAUAAAGCACAAUUUGUUCAUAAAAAG